GGACGCGUAACGGUGUAAAGUCUGUUAUGUUACCUUGAAAUAUAUAUCGAAACUACAACUUUGUUAACGUGGGAUUUUUUUGUGUGAUGUUAAUUAUUUUCUAGCAGCUCUAACCAAUUGCUAUUUACUUCCGCCAUUUCCGCAUUGCGUCAAUGGUUGUGUUAGCGUGCACAGCCACGCGGUUUCUUAUUUAGUGUUUUAAUUGCGUUAUUUUUAUAUAUCGAUAUAAUUAAGAUUGAAAUGAGUUCUCAAAAAGGAAAUGUUUCCCGUUCACGGGGUCAAAAACAUCAGAAUGCGACUGCAUUUAAAAAUGACAAAUACGGUGCAAGCGUCCAAGUUAAGAAAGCCAAAGCAAAGAUGCAUGAUGGUCUGUGUCAGCGCUGCAAAGAUGUCUUGGAGUGGAAAGUCAAGUACAACAAAUAUAAGCCCCUUACACAGCCAAGAAAAUGUGUGAAGUGUCUUCAGAAAACUGUGAAGGAUGCCUAUCAUAUAAUAUGUAAGCCGUGUGCACUCAAGUUGGAGCUUUGUGCCAAAUGUGGAAAGAAGGAAGAGAUUGCUAUUCCAAUUGACCAAGAGCUUGAAGAAGGAGGAGAGGACAGCAACAACAGACAAGAUAAAGGGAACAGGCAGGAAGAAGAUGAUGAAGAUUUUGAUGACAUUGACUCUAACGAUAGUGACUGUAACAGUGAUACAGAUGCAAAAGUAAAGUAAAGCUUCUGUAUGCAAUUUCAACACCCAAAAACAGUGUUUCUGAUGAAAUCUGAAGCUGGCAUUUGGACAUGUACUCAUCUGUUCACCUGCUUUUAAUUACACAGAGAAUCCCUUGA